GUAGCAUGCAAAAUUUCACGUAAACCCCAUCCCAUGAGAUGAGCUAUGGGUACCGAUGGUGUGGCUGGUGUUGCAACUUACGACCCUGUUUAUGUCGUCAGUGUCACCUUUGCGAGGAGUGUUGUCGAUGUUGUCUCGCACCACUGCCGACCUACUGCCCCCUGCCCUGCCUCCCCCCGCUCCCCUCGCUCGGUCAGGCUCCACCUCCCUGCAGAAUCGUCCGAGAACAAGUCCUCGUCCCCGUCCCAUUUCCGGUCUAUCGUCCCAUCCCAUUUUGUUAUCCGCCGCAAGAGGAAACUACUUGUUCUUGGCCAAGUUACGGGUCAUAUUCGUCGUCCUGUGACCCUGGGUCAUGCAGUCCUUUCGCUGAAGAGGGCAAACCGAAAUAUCCGAGGGGAAAAAGGAUAUUUAAAUGCAACCAAGGUCUAGUUCCUGGGUAUAAAGGUCACAUUCCUGGCUUUAGGAUGCACGGCGCAGCAAGAACAUUUGGCCAAGCGACGAGGGACACGUGUUGCAUCAUGUCGAAAUGGAACGACGUUUCUCCUGAACUUCCAUGUAGAAUAUUUGAGCAGUAAAAAAUUGUUAUAAAA